UUUAAUGUGUAUAUGUCUUCUUCUGUAUUAACAAAGCUGCUAUUCAUUGUAGUGGCGUUAGAAGUGUAGUACCGCAGUGAGCCGCCAGUGUCAUCGCAUUGCUCUGGUUAAGCUGCCAUUUACUUCAGUGUAGAAGAAGAAACGAAGAAAACAACAUGGCGGCGCCCGCGGAACACGUUGGAACCGACUGCGCGGAGGCAGAUCCUCCAGAAACGGACACGACGGGAGCCCCGGAAGCCGCCAGCGACACCGACACCGACACCUCGGACCCGGCGGACCCGGCAGACCCGGCAGACCCGGACCCCGAUGGGGAUCAGGACGAAGACGACGAAGAGCCUCCCGAGCCGAGGGUCCGCGACACCCCGCAGGACAUCAAGCUGGAGGCCAUCGCCAACACGGUGGCGCUGCACCCGAGCCGCGACGUGCUGGUGUGCGGGGACGUGGACGGGGACAUCUACGCGUACGCGUACUCGUGCACGGAGGGCCAGAACCGGGAGCUGUGGUCCUCCGGGCACCACAUGAAGUCCUGCCGCCAGGUGCGCUUCUCCGCCGACGGGCUGCGGCUGGUCAGCGUGUCGCGCGACAAGGCCGUGCACCUGCUGGACGUGGAGCGCGGCACGCUGGUGACCCGGAUCCGCGGGGCCCACGGGGCCCCCAUCAACAGCCUGCUGCUGCUGGACGAGAACCUGCUGGCCACCGGGGACGACGCGGGAACCCUGAAGGUGUGGGACAUGAGGAAGGGGACGGACAUCAUGGACCUGAAGCAGCACGAUGAUUACAUCAGUGACAUCGCAGUGGACCAGAACAAGAGGAUCCUGCUCACGACCAGCGGCGACGGCACGCUGGGCGUGUUCAACCUGAAGCGGCGGCGCUUCGAGCUGCGGUCGGAGAGCCAGAGCGGGGACCUGACGGCCGUGGCCCUCAUGAAGCGGGGCCACAAGGUGCUGUGCGGCUCCAGCGAGGGGACGCUCUACCUCUUCAACUGGGACGGCUUCGGGGCCACGAGCGACCGCUUCGCCCUGAGGGCCGAGUCCGUGGACUGCCUGGUGCCGCUCAGCGACAGCAUCGUGUGCACCGGCGCCACGGAUGGCUACAUCCGAGCCGUGAGCGUGCUCCCCAACCGGGUGCUGGGCUGCGUGGGGCAGCACGUGGGCGAGCCCAUCGAGGAGCUGGCCUCCUCCUGGGACCGGCGCCUCCUCGCCAGCAGCGCCCACGACCAGCUCAUCAAGUUCUGGGACGUGUCGGCGCUGCCCGGCACCACCGUCCCAGAGUACCGCAAGAGGAAGAAGAAGGACGGCCGCAUGAAGGCGCUGAGCAAGAAGGCCCACGGGGACAACGACUUCUACGCCGGGCUGCUGGAGGAGGAGGAGGAGAAGGAGGAGGAGACGCAGAAGGAGGAGGAGGAGGACAGCGACUAGAACCCCCAUGUGGUCUGUGGACUGGAGGCAGACCACCAGGUGAAGACGAGGACCUUCAUCCACACCGACUCACCUUAAAAAAUGACUUUUUCCUCAAUUUAUUUGUUAUUUAUUUUCUUUCGUUCGGAAAAACUUUAAAAAACUGAAAUUGGGGAUAAGAAAAAGAAAUCCAAAUGAUUCGGCUUUGCCUCCAGAUGUUUGGUGACUUCUGAAUUUGGGGGAAAGAAAUUUAUUUGUAUCCACAUUAAAAUUGUUUAGUUUUUUAUAUAAAUUGUCACUUAUUUAUUUUUUGUUGAUUAUACUUUAAAUAAGU